AUGUUCAAAUUUGUUUCGUCCAUCGGUGAUGCCGCGUACAAGGCAGCGUCCAAAACUGGCCUCGCCGCUGGCUCUGAGCAGCCACCCUACCCGUGCGCCUUCCCGCUACAGGUGAUCGAAGACAGUGAGGAUACGGACGCCACAGAGCACGUGCUUAACGAUACGUACGUGGCCGUUCAGGAUCUUCUGAGCGAUGACCUCCCGCUUCUGAAUAGCACCAUCGCCGACGCAAAGGCUCGCAAGGCGUUCAAGCCAGUUGACUUCACCGAUCGCCACGGCGACAUGCGUCUUUUUACUCGCCCCCAUGUUGGCACCUACAACUUUGCUCGCGCCACCUUCACGCUCGACAACGUGUCGCCAGCAAAAGUGCUGACCUUCAUGCACGCCCAAAACCUCGAGGAGCGAAGCCGCUACUCGCAUAACCUUUGCCGGUACGACGUCAUCGCCCGCAACCCCCGGCUGCCGGCGCAGUACGUGGGCAACGACAACGACCACCUCGAGGAACUCUGUUGUAUGGGCGUUCGUGACUGGCACGUGGAGUAUAACCGGUACAGCGCCCCACCUCCUGUGUCCGCCCGCGAUUUCAUUCUCCUGGUGGAGAAGCGUUAUGUUCUGGAGCAGCGGGCCUGCUACAUCUACGGCACGAGCAUUGACUACCGCGGUAAGACUGGUAUUACCUCUGAUAAGGACGACUGCGUGCGUGGCGCCGUCAUGUUUGGCUGGCGCUUUCAAGAGGUUGGUAGCAAGACGUACUGCACGUACGUGUCGUGCAUGAGUCCCAAUGGUUGGGCGCCGACCUUCAUGGUAAGCUGGAUGAAGACCGCUAUCGCGAAGGAGUUUCAAAACGCGCGGCGCCUGCUGUACCAGGAUGUGCCAGGCCCCCACGCUGCUGAUGCUCCUUCUAAGCACGCCAAGGAUGCACCGCAGACAUACAAUGCGACCCUCGACUCGAGUUGGCAGAACAACAUUAUUAGAAAGAAUUUGCCACCCAAGUCCUCUGGUCAACCUCUCGGUGACACGAUGGGGUGCGAGGAGCGCCGUCAAUUGAAGCACGAGGAACCUGUUGUCUUUGAAUAA